GGGACGCGCUGGUUCCGAGCAGGCUGCAACAGUUGUGGAGCUGGAGAGCCCUGGCAGGGGUGCGGCGAGGUGAAAACGAGUCGGCUACAGUAGUGCGUACUUCGGAGCACUUGGCCACGCAAUGGGUCGGCACGGCAGCGGCAGCUUUGGAGACGAUGACGGCGGUGGCGACUCUGGGACCUUUGAUGAUUUAUAUGCAGACAAUACUACUGAUGACCGGACCUUCCAGCAUCAUGGGGGUGGCCAAUUUCCCGACACGGACCAAGAGCGGGGCGGGGACGGAGCGUCCUCAUGGAUGCCCGUGAUUGCAGGACUUGGAGGUUUGGCAGCCGGGGGUGCCGUGUCCUCAUGGAUGAACCGGGACAGACAAAGCGCGUAUCACUGGAACGUCCACGAACAGCAGGGCCGCCUCAUGCCCCCACCGCAAGUUCCCCCGGGGCGCGUGGCGGCCAGACAGCACACAACACAGUGGACCUGGCUGCGGCCCUUUCUGAAUGUUGGGAUCGUUGUGUUCGCCUUGUACCUCUGCUUUGUGGCGUAUGGCCCUCAACAGAUGGAACUGGGGUACGGCGAAAGCAGGCUCGUCCAGGUUUCGUCAACGUUCGUCAGCUCCGUCAAGAUGGUGACGCUGGGGGGCGGCAGUCAGGGGCAGCAGCCCGAGAUGUACCAUUUCGACCACGUUCCGACGCUCAGCAAGGACCAUCACUGGUCGGAGAACCACCCCGGGGUGCAGGUUUCCCCUAACGGCUACCAGGACUGGGCGUUUUGGCUGAACCGGGGUUCAGAGAUCAAGGUCGAGUACGAGGUCGAGUCGCCGGGCGUGUACUUUGUCCUUCUGAAGGGGGCCGAUAACUUCCAGCGCUGGUUGAAGAACCCGCGCGACCUCGGCGUCGCAGAGUACCACACUUUUGCGGAAGGCAAAGGUUUCUUCAAGUACAAGACUCGCUCGAGCACCGAGUACUUCUUCGCUUUUGGCAACCUGGCGCGCUAUCCGCUCCAGUUUACGACCAACUUCGAGGUCAAGAGCAAGGUCUACGACGUGCGGCGGGCGCGCCACAGCUGCAGCUCGGGGGAGUGCACGUUCGAUCUAGAGUACGGCUCGGACGAAGCAGAGGUCAUCGUGACACCAGACACAAAUGUGGCGGACGACGUCUGGUACAUCCGCCUUGAGUACGGUCCUCGAUGGAUGACAUACCUGGUAAUGAUUGGGGGCACGUGGCUGCUGACGUCCAUCUUCGGCGGCGCGGGGGCUUUGUAUCACCAGCGGAGAGAGAGCGACGAGUACCAACCGGUUCCAGGGAUGUGGCCCCCGCCCGCGAGGGGCGGCUAUGAGCAGUCCGAUCCAGCAGACACGUGGCCACAGGCCCCAGAGUCCGGCCAGCCAUCGCCGUAUCCCCCUGGACAACAGUAUGUUCCUUGGUCGGCGCCCACAGAGUUUACGAAGGGGGGGUCCAACCUCGGGGAAAGCUCCCCGGGGGGAGAAUCGAUGCCACAGCCGGGGAAGAGUGCCCCCGGUUUCUCAUAUCCGGGGGAUCCCCCUGGAGCGGGCGCCAGCGGCAGUGCGGUGCCGCUGGACGAUGGGGAUGUUUGCGCCGUGUGCUUCGACCAUCGGAAGGAGACCAUCUUCGACCCGUGUGGCCACCGAGCGACGUGCUACCCGUGCGGACUCAGGCUCAGUCAAGGCCCAGUACCGGUUUGCCCCAUCUGCCGAACGAAGAUACGACAAGUUUUGAAAAUCUAUGACGCGUGAGAACUUAAUUGUACAGAUAUACAGGUUCAGGGAAAUCAGCAAUAUGUGCUAUAUGUGCUGACGGGCAAUGUAUUCGUAGCCUCCUCGGAGCACCUGGGCGCCAGCUUACGCAGAUUAGAUUGGAUUGGGUAUUGGAUCAGAGAUAGAGAGGACGAGUUCAGAUGUUGUUUGCACUUCUUGGGGUUACACUUAUUAUCUGCUUUUACGUCUUGAGACGAUGGGUUGCAGGCUUGAGAAGAUAUGCCAUGCAUUAUGUCGCGUGCACAGCGGAGCAGGAAUUUGAGCGGGCCUAAUUUGAGUGACCGUCUCAAGGCACCGGGAGAAUGUAUACAAAGUACUUACACUGCAAGAUGCCUGGCCCGAUAAUUUGGAUCGAGGGUAUCGUACUUACUUUAAAAUUAUUUCUUCCCGAC